CAGCAAAAAGGAAUGUGAACGAAACAGGGAUGUUUACUAUCCUAGAGAAGCACAGCGAUCACAUCUUUUGCAUAUUAGUAGACUCAGAGAACACGUUUGUGCGGAUUCACUGGUAAUCUGAGAAUACUGCAUAUAUGAAUAAAUUAAGAGGAGCAUGUGUGUGUCUGUAUGCUUCUGAACUUGUUCUUUAGAAUAGAGAAUGAAGAUAACAGCUGUGAGAAUAGUGUCUUGAUUGAUCUUGGCAGGUUUAACUAAUGCUUUGUGCAAACUGUAUUUGUAUAUUUUUCUUGCAUUUGAUUCACUAUCGAGUACCACGGCGCCAUACGCGAUCUGUGCACAGCCUUUGAUACAAAACAAAUCGAACAAAGAAAAUGAAAGAAAACCUCUGAAAGAGGUUUUUAAAGUUUGACAAAGGUGGCUCUUUUUGCUGAAAGUAUUAGUUUUUGUGUCGCAAUUUCCAAAGGACAGGCAGACGUUGCCUUUAAACUUGGUCGAUAAUUUAGUUCUGCUUCGUUGUUCCACGUUAAUUAGAAGAUGACCACUGAAGAUGCACUACAGCUCUGUGCGUAUUUGGUGGGGGAAUUUAUUGCUUUGCUCCAAGGACAGCCAGUCCACCUUUGGAAUGCUUGUAAAAUAUUUACAGCAGGCACUGACACAGGGAGUCACUGCGCAUCAACACAGUGGUUUAAAAUAGCGGGGGCACUGCAGCGUGAGAAACUGAUUGUGUCUUCAGAUUGUCUAUCUUGCCAUCUAUUUAAACAAUUGGUGACAGCUUUUGCAGGCAUCAAACUUUCACUCAUCAUGGGAUAAAGCUUUUAUUCUCUGGAAAUCCCUUACAAAUUCCCAGUAAAUCUUCCCGACAUAGAUACCAGUAUUUCUGUUACCAUGGUUGUUUGGCUUUCUGCCUUUCAGCUCUGGCAGUUCCUAACUACCAGGAGCAAAGGUCAUGACUGCUCCAGCCGACAAAUGUUGGGUGAAAUCAACGCCUCACGCAGGGGGCACAAAUAACUUUGGACCCCGUCUAAAUUGGAGCAACUGAUACUUCUACACGAGAAGGUUGGGAUGAUCUGGCUUUGAGAGCGGUCACGAAGGCUGUGCUCAGCCUACUUUAACCCCCCAUGCCGCACCUUCAAGAGUUUUUCGACAAGUUCAGUUGACAAUAGGAUGAAUUCCUUCCAGUGAGUGGGGUGCAUGGUGUGUUGGCACUUGAAAUGCUCUUCACAGCAUUCUGUUGGACUCUCGCUUUUGAACACUGCCCUCACUGUUAAACCCCUUUUCCAGGACAAAAACAUACUUUUAGACAGAAGGGACAAAAAUAAGAUGCGCCAUCUUCAGCACAUCGCCCUGUUGACUGGGACAGCGUGUUCCUGUUCCCGGCUAUGAAGUAAACAUCCUCUCUAUGUGUGGCCGCCUCCAGCAAAAUAUAUCAUUGGAGUUUUGUUGUUUUCCUGGAACCUGGAGAGAGAUGUGCACCUUUAGAUAGACUUCAGCAAAGUUAGGGCAUAUCACAAAACCAAAACAAAGUCUGAGAUUGCACUUGGGUCACAAAUGUGAAAAUGUAGAGUGCUUUUGUUGAACAGGAGUCAAGAAAAUUUGCCUAUGACACAUACCUUCUGUGUUCUUACAUGUUGCCCUGCUUUGAGACUGAUUUACAUGAGCCAGGACAAGUUCACACUACACAACAAGAAGGCUGAAAGCAAUUCUUUUAGACUUCAUUCUUCUCUACUCACAUGACUCAUUUAUUUGGCAGUAUUCCUUGAUGUUCACAAAAAGGAUAGACUUUUGUGAAAGGAAUAUUUACAAUGCUCUAUAUUAAAGAUUGUGUGUAAAUAAAAGCCACUGUUUUAUCAGGUUUCCCUCCAAUUAGUAGUAACUCUAUAUCAUUUGAUUACUAUUUCUUAUUUAUGUGUUAAAAUAAUUAUCAUUUGAUUAUAAUCACAUAGUUGUAGCUGGUCAGCAUGGGGCCCAUUUUAUUUAAAGUGGGAAAUCUACAAAUCUACAACCAUUUCAACAUUUUCAAAUCUAAGGUAAGGUAAUUAAAGGUAAUUAAAGCAUUUUUAGAUGAUGAAAAUAGUCAAGGUUUGCACUGAAAGAGCUAGUGAGGAUAACCAGUAACAGAGGCCAGUGACUGUUUGUCCCAACUAACUGUUCAGUUGAUUGCAGUAAACGCCUAAUGUCAUUAUUGCUAAUUAAUGUUAUUACCAUAUAUUAAAAUUAAACUCAGGGGCUUCUUUAAUAUUCAAAAGCAGUGAUGCCUUUCAGAGUUUAACUGCUCUGUGCACAUUACAACAGUAAUACCACAGUAUGCAAUAAUAAUACUUUUUUGCAAUAAUCGUUAUCUUUCCCAGGUUUCUGAAAUAUUAAGCUCUCCAUUUGUUGCAAAGAUUAGCUUUGACCAUAACAUUCAGUGCAAUAAUUUCACUAACAACAGUCCUGAACUCAGUGUCUGUCUUUUCCGCCUGCUGGAAUUCAAUUCAAAUGCUAAUGAGCAGAAUUCCCAUGGAUUUCUCUCUCCUGUGCCAUAGAUAUCACCUCCCCAAAACUCAACAACACAGCCCCCCUGCUUUCUUUCUGUUUUUGUCUCUCUCGUACUCUCUAACUUUCAUUCUUUGUCCGGGUCGAAACCUUGCUCACAGCAAUCUGGCACUAAACUGGUAGUACCCAGCGCUACCUUUCCGGCAGGUAUUAAUAUGCAUAUGCAUCACCAUCAGUCAUGCAGCGGCUCUGAAAAAUCAACUGCUAUUUUCCUUCUUGCCAGAGAUGCUACUUUCCCAUGAAGAUAAGAUGGCUUAAUAUUUCUAUUCAGAUAAAAUUUUUCUUUUGGGGGACAUAAUUUAUUUAUUUAUGGUGGAGAAAUCCCCUAAAACUCCAGUGCAAAAAGACUGUGGCUCACAUUUGCUACUUAAAAAAAUGACAGUUAUAGCAAUAAAUUUCUUUUAGACCUGUUUAAUUGUAUGAAAAUGGUGAUUGUGUAUCCUCCACAGUUAUUCACUGUUUGACUUUUUCAUCAUGAGCUAUUGCCAAAACUGAAUAAACAGCACUAGUAACCAUAUGACUACUGUCCAUGGGCUCCACCUAACUGUAAUUGUAGCAGUAACAUGUGUUUUAAAAUGUGUACUUGUAACUACUUAAAAAAGCUAUUAAAACUGUCAGACUUCUUUCUUCAUGGCAAUAUUUUGUGCUACCUUGAAGUCUCAUUUUUCACUGCUAAGCUACCAGAGUGCUUCCUCAGUCCUAGUAGUAACCUUGUGUGAGAAGUGGAGGUAUUUGCUAAUUGCGAGCUAGCAGAGUCGCUUGGGGGGAUGUUGCAAUCUCUGAGGUGCAGUUAUGAGACUUCACUUGAUACUUGGCUCUGAAUGUGGGACGAGCCGCCCUGGUUUUAAUCACAGCUUGCCAACUUGUUGAGUCUUUGUUGAAACAUUUACUAUUCUGAUUGCUGUUGUCACAUGUUACGCGGCGCACCUGUUCGUGACUGAAAGACGCAAAGCAGUGUGUCGUCUUCAUAUAAACUAAUGUGGGUGGAGGGUAAAGGUAGCGUCGUGUCUGUCUGUUCUUUUUUGUCUAUCUUCUGGCGCUUUCCUCUACACACCAGCUCCCAAACUUCCGACCUAACACAGAAGAGCCCCUAAAACACUCUUUAAUGGACCCUUUCAAUUGGACGCACAAACCAGAACAAACACUUUCAUUCAUGGUGUUCCAAAAAUGCUAAUGAAGCAAGGCCCUGACACUUUCACAGGGGUACCCCUGUCAUGAGCCUGUGUUAGACAGCAGUGAUGCUUUUGCUCAGACAGAGAGAUGCAAGGUACAGCUCUUAUGGUAGUUGUCCCAACAGUAACUUAAACCUACCAAGGCAAACGAUCUUCUCAAGUGCACCUGGCUCUGAGCCAUGGCAUAUAUGGAAGAAAUCAGGGGAAAAACCAGAUUGAAAUUCUGAAGAACUAAUUGUCGCCUUUUCUCAAACAAUUCUUGAAAUUCCCCAGUUGCCUUUUACGCUGUCAACGAUGUGGACAGUGCCAAGAAUUUCUAUAUGUCAUAGUUGAGAUACGUAACAUUUUCCAGGGGAUCGCUGUAUGCAAGUGACAGCCAACAUUUGGUGAUGAUCUUCAUACCUCAGCAGAUAACUGCAUGUGCUGCUGUGCUGCACUCACCAAGCUGCAGAGAAGACCAUGGAUUCCCAAGUGUGGUCAAAGUCCAUUAAUCUGCAGGUUGAGAGACUUCUCAUCAUUUAAUCGAUGAUAUACACUAACCGGACACAUUAUUAGGUACACCUGUUCAUUAACACAAAUAUCGAAUCACUCAAUCAUAUGACAGCAACUUUAUGCAUUAAGCCAUGUAGACAUCGUCAAGAUAAUCUGCUGUAGCUCAAACUGAGCAUCAGAAAGGGGAACAAAGGUAAUUUAAGUAACUUUAUAUUCACAUGUAGUGCUUUUCUACUCUUCCGGAGUACUCAAAGCACGCUAUGCAACAUGCCACAUUCACCCAUUCACACAAGCACUGUCUUCUAUGCUUUUUAAGUGCUUACUAACUACCAUUCACAAACACUCCGAUGGCUGCACUCAUGCAACUUGAGCCAGAGAUCGAACCACUAACCAUCUGAUCAGUAGGUGACCUGCUCUACCUCCUGAGCUACAUUACAACUAAGGUGAUUUCCCCAUAUAAUUAAUUAUCCUAGAGUUUACAGAGAAGGGCCCAAAAGAGAAAAGUUCGCUUGGUGAAAAGAUGGCUUUGAGGGAACAGUAACUCAAAUAACAGCCAAGCUAUGCAGAAGAGCAUCUCCAAACACAAAUGGACUAUGGCAGCAGAAGACCACACUGCGUGCCCUAAGCUAAGAACUGAAGCUGCAAAUCACGCAGGCUCACCCAAAAUUAAUGGACUUCUGCAUUUUGAUGGUAGGGUCAGAGUUUGACAUAAAUAACAUGAAAUCAUGGAUCCAUCCUGCCUUGUAUUAAUGGUUCAAGCUGAUGCUGGUUGUGCAGUGGUGUGGGGGAAAGUCUUGGCUCACUUUAGACCCCUUAGUACUAAAUGAGCAUAAUUUAAAUGCCACAGUCUAACUGAGUUGUUGUAGUCCAUAACCAUCCCUUUAUGAUCACAGUGUAUCAGUCCAAUGAUGGCUGCUUCCAGCAGGAUAGCUGACCAUGUUGCAAAGCUCAGAUUACCUCAAACUGGUUUCCUAAACAAGACAGAACAUUGAGUGUACUGAAAUGCCCAUAACAGUCACCAAAUGCACAUUAUUUACAUUUUACCCAGCAUCUUACUUGGACAAGUACAAACCUCGAUUUUCAAAAUCAGAUUGCAUUUGACUGAAAGUGAUCACCACGUGAAGUAGACGACGAUAACAUCUUUUUCGGUUGGUUUCUAAAUAGCUUUGUAGUUUUCUAACUGAGUUACUGGGAUCCGCAGAUUUCUGCGGUAUAGGUUUGAGGGAAAACUUCGAAGUGACUCGUGAGCCUUAUUCUCUUGACAUGUUGCAGCAGAUGCUUUGAAACUCAUUUAUUUCCAGCUCAUCAACAAUAGGCAGACAACUAAUUUAUUUCUGAUGAGUUUCUCACGAGUGAAUUCUUUUUUAAAUUAGUUGAUACAUAAUAAAUUACCUUUGCUUGUGGUAUUUGUUUAUUUUUUGGCUGUUAUAGAUAUAAUCCACGUUCUGUGCUGGUUACUCAUGUCACUUCUUAUUCUCACACACAUAUGAAAGUGACCUGAACUGUGUCUGUGAAUGCUUUUCUUAACUGAGGAGGCUGCGGGCUGAAUUUGUUUGAAGCGAGAUAGAAUAAUUUAUGUUUUUAAAAAUGAUACAAAGAUUGCUGUUUUAACAGCCAGAAACUGUGUUUUGAGUCUUUAAAAGGCGAGGUGAGAGGUGAUGUUGAGUAGAGUGAGAGUGUCCGCAAUUAUGUGUUCAUCCUACAAGAUGAGGCAAGUUUCAUUCUUCUGUGAGGAUUUAUUACUUUGUCUGUGGAACUGAUUUCUUUUUACACUUACAAACAGUGGAUCCAUAUGGAUCCAUCACAAAAUACUUGAUGCACUAUGACAAAACUACAGAUUGAAUACACAUAUUCUCUGGCAUUUCAAAAAGAAUUAAUUAUGACUGAAAACCACAUUCUCAUUUGUUACUUUCUUUCACAAACAGUGACAGCAAUGUGUUUAUGGGUCACUGGAAACAUUGCUUUGAAUGAAAUGAAAUUUGCUGCCAAUGUGAAUUAUGUGUUCUCCCAAUAGCUAAAAAAAAAGCCACAGUGACACCUAAAACUGAGUUGAUCAUUUUUAGUACAUUACAAACAGAAGCCAAUAGGGGCAUAUUAAAUGAUUUCCUUCUAAUGUCUUCAAUAAUAGUAAUUCUGUUGUAAUAUAGAAACAUAUAAUGUCAAAAGUUGGUCAGAAUGUAAACAUUGUGCUUUAACUGACAACUUUUGCAAGUUUGUUAAGCAAACUAACGAAGGACAGCUGCUGCACAGAUGACUGUUUUGAAGCAAAAACUCUUACAAGACUUUACUAACCCAGCUAAAUACCACUUUAGGCCUUCGAGAUUAUCCCAUAAACUAAUUACCGGCUUAGUUCAGACAACAGAGCACAACACUGCUCCUUUAUCUGCCUCUCUGCAACGGUGAUGAACAAUGUUUUGAGAUGAAGACAGGUUUGAUGAGGUCUUCUUGUGGCCUGACUGUCUGAAGGGAGGAAGUUGAGUGUGGCAGCUUGUCUCCAAACUGUCUGUCUCUUUGCUGCUAGCUAUGGAAACUGAUUAAGCUUCUGAAUGCCACCCUUUGUCACCCUACAACUGCAAGGGACAUAUUUCAAUAGUGAUUCAUGUUCUUUUAUAGGCUGUCUCACUCAGAGGACUUUGACUUUUUCUAUGAAUGGAAAUUCAGUUUAUCUAGCAGUUUUUUAAAGAAAACACAUCAUUUCUAUUGAGAUGAAAGAUCUGCAAAUGAACUAUCCUGCGCAUAGUGAAAUUUAAAGACUGUGGGUUGAGUAUUAGGAAUUUAUAAUCCUUAUAGCGUGCGUGGAAUGCGUGCCAUUUGCGUGCCAGGCUAGCUCUUGUUUAUUGAGGCAGCUCUUCACAUGUCACUCCACAAAUCACUGUGUUCCACAGCGGGAAGCACUUAAAGCACAACUGAGUGAGCUUGGCAGCACUUUCAUGAGCAACACACACUCAUCAGGCCUGCGCAAAGCACAUGUGCUUUGCAAGUUACAUUCACAUUAGGCAGUGACGCAAGGAAACCUCUGUUGUGGUGCUAAACUGAAUGAGCAUGUGUUAAUGACUGAAAAUCUGUGUGGUGUUUGAAAUUUCAGAACAAAUCUGCGGAGGAGAUGAAUUUCAGGAAACGAGCACAAAGACAAGUGUGUUUACAGGAGAGUGAUUAAUAGCACAAGGAGCAUUUUUAUGUGUAACUUGCCACGUGCCUUUGUAUGCAUUACAAUGUUUUUUUUGUAGCUUUUUCUAGUUUCGAAUGUGAGCUGCUGCACAUCUGUGGUUUUAAACCUGUUAUGCCUGUAUAGAGUGUAAAGCGGAGAGCUCCGGCCUCUUUACAUAACACCGGCAGCACAGGUUUGAUGUGGAAAUGUUUGAUGUAUGUCAGGGAGCUGUUUGUGUGAAUUCCGGGCAUAGAUGAUUACCGGCAUGUUUAAUUGCUUGAAGGACUUAAAGUGAAACGAUGAAACGAACAAGUUACUACAGAUCAACGCUUUGAAUGUGGAGGUAGGAGCAGGCACGUUGUUGCUGUUGACAGGGGAAACAGGUCCUCUUUGCCUUCCAAAUUACAAGUGACAGCAGUUGACCAACACAUUCUCCUGAUCUCUGUUGUCUCCAGUGGAGGGUGAUGACUUUGGCAGGGAGCCUGUCGCUUCGUCUGCUUUUGGCCUUGACCACCAUGGCCUCAGGCCUUAAUAUCCCUCUAGAAGUGGAACAGCCUCCGACCAUAAUAACGUAUACAUCAGGUCCCAUAAUUGUACUUCAUUUUGACACGGCCAUUACUGUCAAGUGUAAAGCCCGGGGCAAUCCACCACCAGAGUACAGAUGGGAAAAGGAUGGCCAAGCAUUUGUCCCCCCAAACUUCCAAACAAUCAGAGCAAACCAGACAAAGGGCUUACUUGUGCUUCAGAGUGAAGACAUGUCCAAGUUCGAGGGAAAAUACAGAUGCUACGCAUCGAACAAGUUGGGAACUGCUAUGACAAAUGAGAUCGAGAUUAAAGCUUUCAGUAUCCCUAAGUUUCCAAAGGAAACCCUCAGUCCCAUUGUUGUUAGUGAGGGAGAACCAAUCACCCUGAAAUGCAACCCACCAGAAGGUGUGGCCCCACGUCUUAUCUACUGGAUGACUGUUGAUCUGCAGCACAUUGAGCAGAAUGAGAGGGUUUCCAUGGGAACUGAUGGCAACCUGUACUUCUCUAAUGCCUUAAAGAAUGACAGUCGCCAGGAUUACGGUUGCUUUGCUGCCUUCAACAGGAUACGCACAAUUGUCCAGAAAAACGCCAUGGCUGUCGUGGUCAAACCUUUAAAACCUGCCAAUGACUCUUCAGAGAGCAGCCACACUCCUGUGGCCCCCCCAGCGAGAAUACCCAGCCUUUUGCUGCCCUCUGGUGUUCAGACUGAGAAGGUGUUGUUGAAGGGAGAGGAUCUACAGCUCGAAUGUAUACCCGAGGGAUUCCCUACACCAUCUGUGAAGUGGAUAAAAAUGGGAGAAGUCAUGACUCCUCGGGUAAAAUUUAACAACUACAACAAGCUGUUGAGCUUAUCAGCAGUGGAAGAGAGUGAUGAGGGGAAGUACAUGUGCACAGCCGAGAACUCUGCUGGGAAGGCUGUCCACUACUUUGAUGUAAUAGUGGAAGAGCCACCAAAGUGGCUGACAGAGCCUCCUCAGAGCCAGCUCACUGUGAUUGGGUCUGAUGUGCACAUCAAGUGCUCCGUCAGUGGAAAACCACAACCAGCAAUAACGUGGAGGAGGAAUGGAGUAAUGUUCAGAGAUGACCCAGAUAAGAGGAUGCAAGUGUUUGAUGACACUGUGAUACUUUUCAAUGCCAAAGCAGAGGACAGUGGCGUCUACCAGUGUGAAGCCUCCAACAGACACGGAAAUAUUCUAGCCAACGUUAACAUCGUGAUCAUGAAUAUGGCUCCGCUUAUACUGACAGAGAACAACCAGGAGUAUGCUGCAGUAGUAGGAAAGGAAAUCACCAUGAACUGCAGUGUUUUCAGCUCUCCACCAUCCAGCAUCUCUUGGACCAAAGAUGAAAAAGCCAUCGAGGGGGAAGGUUUCCUUGCUUUUGAGAGCGGACAAUCAUUGAAAAUCAUUAACGCAGAAAAAGGUGACAGCGGGAAAUACAUCUGCGUUGCGAGUAACAUGGAGGGCUCGUCGGCUGUCACUGCUGUGCUGGAUGUGAAAGACGCUACAAAAAUUGUAGGUCCACCUCAGAACACGCAGGUUGACAGUGGGAAGUUGGCCAAAUUGAUGUGCAAGACUGAAUAUGAUGCAAGUCUGCAGGACACGUUUGAGCUGGUGUGGAGAAAGGAAAACAAGGAGAUCCCACUUUCCUCUGAGAAAAAUUCCAGAUACUCUGUGAAAGGUGCCAUGCUGGAGAUCAUGAAUGUAAACCUGAGUGAUCAGGGAACAUAUACAUGCACUGCUAGAACAAGCCUAGAUGAGGACUCUGCCACUGCAGUACUCACUGUACGGGAUGUUCCUGAUGCUCCGAUAAAGUUAGACCUGUCCGAACUUGACAGUCCAAGGAAUGUUCUUUUGUCUUGGAUACCUGGAAGCGAUCAUAACAGCAUCGUAACAGAAUUUGUAGUGGAGUAUGAAGAGAACCGCUGGGAGCCUGGAAGGUGGAAGGAGCUACAGAGAGUCACCGGUAACCAAGCAACAGCUGAGCUAAAACUAUACGGGAACCUUAACUACCAGUUCAGAGUGUAUGCUGUUAAUGCCAUUGGACCCGGACCCCCGAGUGAGCCGACUGAACGACACAAAACACCCCCUGCUGCACCCGAUAGGAACCCAGAAAACAUCAAAAUUCAAGGCCAUCAUCCUCAUCAAAUGGAAAUCAGUUGGGAGCCGCUGUCACCUGUUGAGCGCAACGGCCCAGGCUUUGAGUACAAAGUGAAGUACCGCCAACUCGGGGUGGAAGAUAGCUUCACGGAGCACAUGGUCAACAGAUCUGUGUUUCUCGUGAACAACACGCCCACCUUUGUCCCCUACGAGAUUAAAAUCCUGAGCAGAAACAGCUACGGCUGGGGGCCAGAGCCUAAGCCUGUUACAGGUUACUCUGGGGAAGAUGUUCCUACUGCGGCACCACGGGACAUUGCUGUGGAGGUGAUCAACACCACUGUUCUGAGGGUUAGCUGGACCCCAGUUCCGCCUGCCACGGUGCGAGGUCGUCUGGGUGGUUAUAAUGUUCACUGGGUGAGGAGAAGAAGUCUCCUGAAUCCCGACAAGAUUUUAGAUUUGAGUCACUCCAUGUCCUUUUCUGGAAACAGAAGUCAUGUCAUUGUGCCAGGACUCGAACCUUUUUCUGAAUACAAACUCACUGUUUAUGUUUUCAACAAGAAGGGCAAUGGACCCAAGAGUGAUCCGGUGACCUUUAAUACACCAGAGGGAGUUCCAGAGCAAGUUACCGUCCUUACUUCCUCCAUCAUCCAGAGAGAUUCAGUUAGGCUGGAAUGGGCACAGCCGCCAAAGUCAAAUGGCAUCCUCACCGGUUACCUCCUGCAGUACCACCUCAUUAAUGAGACUGCACUCGAGGUGAUUGAUUCCAAAGAGAUCAACAUUACCGGGGCUGACACCAACCAUUGGACACUUCAGGGAUUAAAGGGGGACAGCCUUUACCGCUUCGACCUCAGAGCGUGCACUCGAGCAGGUUGUGGGCCUCCACAGGCCGAAGAGAGCCGAACUGAUUUUCCAGAGCCAG